AUUUCCCAUAUUUUUUACUUACUUUCUUGUCCUCUAGUCUUCCUUUUCUUAUAAUAAAUAAACAUGUUUCGAAGUAUAACAAUUCUCGUUUUAAUCUUUGCAAUUAUUACAGCACUUUCUUAUAAUUGGAUAUAUGAAUUUUAUACUGUUUUUGGAUAUAAUAGACCGCAUAUUAAACCUUAUGAAAAUGGAAAGUGUAGAAAAAUCGAAGGUGUUGAGGCGUGUGAAGAUAUUCAUAUUCAUCAUCGUACUGGUUACGCUUUUAUGGCUUGCGGAAAAGAAAUUGAAAGAAUUAGAGGUUAUUGGCCUCCAAUUGGUACUUAUAAUUCCAGUAUUCAGUCAAUAGAUACGCCUUAUAUCUACGAUAUCAAUAAUGAUAAACUCAUUCCACUUGUCUUGAAAAAUUUCCCCCCUGAAGAAGAUUUUGCAACUCAUGGAUUAGGAAUUUAUGAAGAUCCUGAAAAUGAAAAUAAAUUAUAUUUAUUUUUCGUAAAUCAUAAAAGAUCUGGAAGUUGUUUUGAAAUAUUUGAACAUACUUUACAUACAAAUGAAUUAAUUCAUUUAGAAACAAUUCAACAUGAAUUAAUAAAUACUCCAAAUGAUGUUUUCCCAGUUUCAAGACAUGAAUUUUAUUUUACUAAUGAUCAUUAUUUUAGCAACCCCAUAAAUAAACUGUUAGAAUAUAUUUUCCCUCUUCCAUGGGCGAAUGUAGUAUUCCAUUCAUCAAUCACGAAUGAAACUAAAAUUGUUGCUGAAAUGCGAACUCCUAAUGGAAUUACCGCGAAUUUUGAUCAUUCUCUAUUAUAUGUUGCCACAACAUCUGGUCAUGUUUUAAUAUAUGAAAGAAACAAGAAUAAUAACGAACUUAAAUUAAAGGAUAAAAUGUUCACAGGAUAUGCUACCGAUAAUCUUAGUGUUGAUGAAGAAACUGGUGAAAUUUAUGGUGCUAUUUUUCAAGACCUAUACCAGAUUAUGAUUUAUGGCAACGAUCUAGAACUUCCUCUUAUGGCAACUGGAAUAUUUAAAAUUAGUAAUAAUACUAAAGGGGGUGAUGAAAAAUACUCUCUUGAAACUAUUUUUGAAGAUGAUGGAUCUUUAUAUAAAUUAACAACGAUAGCCGCUGUAGAUAGAAAAAGAAAUACUUUACUUCUUGGUUCUUAUCGUUCUAAAGGUAUUGUAAGAUGUGAUAGUUUAGAACCAUAAAUUUAAAAAUUAUGAAUAUUAUUAGAAUUGUUGUGUAUUAAAUAAUUUAUAUAGUUAUAAAAUAUAUUACAAUUUAAAAAUUUCUGCUAAAACUGUGUAUGUUAUGUAUGAUAUGUAUGAAAUGAUGACAUGAUGACAAACUUGAUCA